UCGGGGGCCAUCCCUACGAAACGUGUCUGACCCGGAAGAGGCGAGAAGGCCGGCCAGGCCACGGGGAGGGGAGGAGCGGGAGAGGAAGAGACCGCUGCUGCGGCGCUGCUCCUCCCUGGUGGUUUUCCCACGGAGCCCCUCGGGUCCCCCGCCGGUCUCGCCGACGCCUCCUCCGCCCCGCAGGCGGCCCUCUUGGGUGCCUCCCGGGGAGCAAGGGCCGGAAGACGAGGACAGGGCGGUGGCCGAGGGGUCCCUCUCGACUGUCGCCAAUGGCCUCCGGAUCUCUCGCGGUGCCGGCCCUCCCGACGGAACGAGGGACGUGAGGCAGCUCUGCGGGGAGAGCUCUGGGUGGGAGAGGCCCUCGGCCACGCAGGGGGCGGUCCCCGCGGGGGGCUCUCGCAUCUCGUUUCAUUUCUCCCACGGAAUGCCGGUGGCGGAGGAAAGGGAGCCCGCUUCUUCUGCACCUGCCGUGACGAGGGACCCUCCUGCUGGACUCGCACGCGGCACCUGGGCCUCUUGGCCCUCGGGUACAGAGGAGCGUGGCAGCGGCGGUGGCGGCGGCUGGGGGACAAGCCCAGCCGUGUGCAGGAGCAGGGCCCCUCCCGGCCUGCAGAGGAGCCUGUCUGUGGGGUCCCCCCUGGCCCACCUGCACUACCGGUCUGAGGCCGGCACCUCCCACCUGCACAUCCAGUUUGCCUCCGAGAGAGAGGGAGGGCCCGGGGGACAGUCACCUGGGAAGGCAUUCGGCAGUGACAGCUGGAGGCAGCCUCUCGAGACCAGGGAUGACUUCCUCGGUCAAGUGGAUGUGCCCCUCUGCCAGCUGCCGACAGAGAAUCCGGCUACUGAGAGGCCGUACACAUUUAAGGACUUUGUUCUUCACCCACGGAGCCACAGGUCCCGAGUGAAAGGGUUCCUCAGGCUCAAAAUGACGUACCUGCCCCAGAGCCACGGCCAAGAAGAUGAUGGCACAGAGCAGGCGGAGGAGCUGGAGCCCGGCUGGAUUAUCCUGGACCAACCGGAAGCCUCUUGCCAGCUCGAGGAGCCGGAGGCCUCCCUCCCGCCAGGCUGGGAAGAGAGGCAAGACCUGCUCGGCAGGACCUACUACGUCAACCACGAGUCCAGGAGGACGCAGUGGAAAAGGCCGACUCUCCAGGACGGCAGACCUGCCGCGGAGAGCGACCGUACUCACCUGGAAGCCCAGCACGCCUUCGCCCACCGGCACCAGAUCACAGAGGAGUCCGAGGGCCUGGACAACGGCGAAUCCCCAGAGAGCUGGGAGAUCAUAACAGAAGACGAAGCCACACUCUACAGCAACCAGAGCCCCGAGGCGGGCGUCCGGCGAGGCCACGCGGAGGCCGAGGCACCCCCUGUGGAGGACGCGAGUGCUCAGCGGACCCCUGCAGCACCCUGCACUGGUGACGCCGGUAGAAGCAGCGGCCUGCAGACGUACAGCCAGGAGGAGCGGCCGGUGCUCCCAGUGUUACUGCCCACUUCAGCUGGGCUGCCCCCCGGCUGGGAAGUCAGGACCGAUGACAAAGGCCGCCCUUACUACAUAGACCACAAUUCCCAGAGGACCACCUGGCAGAGGCCGGCGGCACAGGCAGGAGUGGAGGGGGAUCCUGCGAGUCCUUCCCCGGGGCAGCUGGCACCCCCGCAGGACUCGUCCCGGCAGCCGUGGCCCCCAGUGGCAGGGGCCGGGGAGCCAGGGCCCCUCCCGAAAGGCUGGGAGGUCCGGAACGCACCCAGCGGGAGGCCGUUCUUCAUCGAUCACAACACCAAGACGACCACCUGGGAAGAUCCCAGACUGAAAAUCCCACCUCACCCGAGAAGGAAGACCUCUUUAGACCCCGGGGAACUUGGCCCUUUGCCGCCCGGCUGGGAAGAAAGGACUCAUACGGACGGAAGGACCUUCUUCAUCAACCACAACACGAAAAAGACACAGUGGGAGGAUCCUCGCCUCCAGAAUGUAGCGAUCACGAGACCAGCAGUGCCUUAUUCCAGAGAUUACAAACGAAAGUACGAGUUCUUCAGGAAGAAGCUAAAGAAACCAACGGAUAUUCCCAAUAAGUUUGAGCUGAAACUUCACCGGCACAACAUCCUCGAGGACUCCUACCGCAGGAUCAUCUCGGUGAAGAAAGCGGAGUGCCUGAAGGCCAGGCUGUGGAUCGAGUUCGAGGGGGAGAAAGGCUUGGACUACGGAGGGGUCGCCCGCGAGUGGUUCUUCCUGCUCUCCCGUGAGAUGUUCAACCCCUACUACGGGCUCUUUGAGUAUUCGGCCGCGGACAACUACACGCGGCAGAUCAACCCGAACUCAGGGCUGUGCAACGAAGACCACCUCUCCUACUUCAAGUUCAUUGGCCGGGUGGCUGGGAUGGCCGUUUAUCACGGGAAGCUGCUGGACGGUUUCUUUAUCCGUCCUUUCUACAAGAUGAUGCUGCAGAAGCCAAUCACCCUUUGCGACAUGGAACCCGUGGACAGCGAAUACCAUAGCUCUCUGAAGUGGAUUCUUGAAAAUGACCCCAUGGAACUGGACCUUCGGUUCACCGUUGACGAAGAACGUUUUGGGCAGACUCAUCAGCACGAGCUGAAAAGCGGAGGCUCGGAUCUGGUGGUCACCAACGAGAACAAGCACGAGUACAUCUACCUCGUGAUCCAGUGGCGUUUUGUGAACAGAAUCAAGAGGCAGAUGGCCGCUUUUAAGGAGGGUUUUUUUGAACUCAUCCCGCAAGACCUUAUCCGGAUUUUCGAUGAAAACGAGCUGGAGCUGCUGAUGUGCGGCCUGGGUGACGUGGACGUGAAUGACUGGCGGGAACACACCAAGUACAAGAACGGCUACAGCGCGAACCACGUGGUGAUCCAGUGGUUCUGGAAGGGCGUGCAGCUGAUGGACUCCGAGAAGCGAAUAAGACUUCUUCAGUUUGUGACGGGCACCUCCCGCGUACCGAUGAACGGAUUUUCGGAAUUGUACGGUUCCAACGGGCCACAGCUGUUCACCAUUGAGCUCUGGGGUAGCCCUGACAAACUGCCAAGAGCACACACGUGCUUUAACCGCCUGGACCUGCCUCCCUACGAGUCCUUCGAAGACCUCUGGGACAAGCUCCACGUGGCCAUUGAGAACGCUCAGGGGUUUGACGGGGUGGACUGAGGGCUCCCCCACCCCAAGGCAGCCCGGCCUCUCUUCUUCCUGUGCUGCGACUCAAGAGUUUACAAGUCGAACCAAGUUUCUUCCAGGGAUCCACGGCAAUUUUAUCUGGCAUUCUUCCUUGAGUUGAUUUCAGGCACCUUCCGUAACCUUUCGCCAUUUCAAAGCCUGGCUGGCUGGCGCGAGGGAGGCGCUGCCAUCACCUCUGCCCAUUGGGCACUCCAAACUACUGAAGACGAAGCUGUGAAGAAAGCUGUGAGUCCAUCGGGGGUGGGAGGGGGGUUGCGUGUGUGACUCUCAGCCUCGCUCUCUCUGAAAGGGCCGGUCGUCCGCAGGAGGGCUCUCCUCUCUCGUGCUCAGAGCCUUCCCUUCAGACCUUCUUCCGAAGCACUUUAUUGCAUUUUUCAGGGAAGAGCCUCCGAAUGGCUCUGGGGUUUCUUUCUCCUCCUCCUUCGUGUCUGCUUGUGCUGCAGCGGCGGGUCUCCGUUGUCGGAGGCUUUUAAGUCAGCAGGACUGGAGAUACUCGCGGGCCGGUGCAGAGCAGUGGCCGGGGCCCCAAUCCAGCAGCAGCCGGCCAUCCUGCGCCAGAUCAAGGGAGCGCCCUGGCCUGGCCUGGCUCCCGGCUCGUUGCGUUGUGCAGAACCACCCGCCUGCAGGCCCUGCUUUCUCUGCCUUCAGUGUUCACGUUUCUAUUUAAGAUUUUUAACUUUUGAGAUCGAAGAGAGUAUGGUAUCGGAUGAGAUUGUUUUCAGAUCUGUUUCCAUUUAUAUUUGCCUUGUGAAUCUUUUGGUAAACUGUAUUUUGAUACAUGGUCUAACACGUGGUCUUUUCAGUUCCUCACUCCAGGCGCGCCUUGUGUCCUGGAGUUCCUCAGUGUUCCCUGGCAGCCAAAUGCCCUUUCCGGGUCCCUUCUUGCAGUAUUGCACCGUCACAGCGUGGGCAUGUUUACAGGGUUUCGAAGGGCCAAGUCCGGCGGUCUGAUCUGGGCAAGUGUCCCUUUUUGCAGAAGGCACCUAGGGCUCCGCUGGGCCCUGGGAUCUGUUUACGUCUCCUCCUGAUCUCCCCCCCCCUCUUCCCGCUGCAUUUUUCCAUUUUGUUGGUGUUUGGCCUAGAAACCAAAUAAAAACACGGGGAAACCAAAGUUAUUGUCAGUCAUGUGCGAUUUCUUGAGAGGCGGCAGUCCGUGCCACUGAUGCACUUGUUGAGCAGGGAACGCAGAGGGGCCUGGGCCUGACUGCCGGGGCUCCGUCAUCUCUCCUGGGUCCGGAGCAGCAGGGGCCUUCUCUCACGGGGCCGGUGGCUCAUCCCUCCUCACUCCCCUGCCACGGCCACGGUCUGGGCCACGGUCUGUACGCGGGGGAAGGGCUUGUGCCUCUGUGGGCUGGGGGGGAGGGGCCGUGUGGUUGGCUCCACCCACCCACCCCCCCGCCUUCCAAGGGGGUCCGUCUGGCCUUCUGGCCGCUUCCAAGGGAUGGCCUAGGAGCCAGGUGUCCAAAGCAACUCAGGAGCUUCCAAGCGGAGGGGUUCUGCGAAACCUCGACUGCUCUGUCUAUAUACGAUUGAAUGUAACCGUCGGGAGUGCU